GCGGCGGCGGCGGAGCUGCUGGGCCGCUGGCUGGCGGGCGGCAUGGGGCUGUGAGCCGGCCGGGCAGCGCCCAGGCCCCGCGCCCGCCAUGCCAGGCAAAGCCCAGCACUUCCAAGGUCCCCAGGUCAGCUGCUGCACCAAGUACCUGCUCUUCGCCUCCAAUGUGCUCUUCUGGGUGGGUGAGCGAGCGGGCGCGCGCGCGGGACGCGGCCCGCCUCGAGGCGUCGGGGGGCGCGGUGGGGAGGGGGCUUACGCCGCCCGCUUCCCGCGGGGGUGCCGAACUAGGCGUGGGGGUGGGGGGAGAGACGGACGGGUCUCCCCUUAUUUUCGGCUGCAAGGUCCGGGCCUGGCUCGGGGGUCGCUGGCCUGCUGGGAAGCAGAGGGGGCUCUCCCUCUCCCCUCACCCUCCUUGCGGCGGAAAUAAUGGAGAGCCGUCUCUCAUUUUAAGGGUGCUCCGGUGGAGAGUCUGCAGGAAACUGAGCUUGGUACGGGGGUGGGGGUGGGGUGGGGAAGGUUCCUUCCUAGGAGCGCCCUUUCCCUGGGACGAAGACGCUUCCAGCUAGGGAUGGUCAUUAUACCUGGUUUGGUACAUGAAUGUGCGAAGCUAGAUUGUGAUCCGUGUAAUCCGGUAUUGUCUGACGGGCAGCAUUAUACACUUCGGGCACACACAGUUUCCCCCACCGCUUACUACCUGAGCUUUUUGUAUGCAGAGUAUGUGCUCUUCCCAGAUUCUUCCUGCUGGUAAUGCUCAGCUGUAUUUAUUGCCAAUAGUGUCAUUCGCUUGCCCCCCACGCAAAAAAAGUUAUUCUCUGGCUCAGAAGGUUAGAAGAAAUUCUGCGCAUGUGUGAACAGCGUGCAGCAAACCAGGUGCCCAAAGUCAGCUGCUUUGAAGGCACAUGCGCCAAUGUUCUUUAACUACUUACUGUUGGUGAAACUCCUACCGAGGGCUUCUUGCAUUGGUUGGUUGCCCCUCAUCCAACUUAACCCCCCCCCUUUCUUGUUCUCAGGUGUGUUUGUUGGGAAGGGUAGUUGCCUUUGCAAGCUGCCAUCCAACAAAACUACAGUUCCCAGGGAGCAAUAGGAUGAUCUGGGUGCACCCAGUGCCAUCAGGUCACACGUGCCACCAUUGUGAGCUUGACUAGGAAAGAACUUGCAUGUAAUGCCUUGGUUCUCUUCCAUGAGCGGAAAAGCAUCUUCCAGUCAAAGAAGGGCUCUUUAUGUCAUGAUGGCCAACAUGGAUAGCUUUAAAACAGAAGCAGACAAGUUCAGAGAGAAUAAGACUGUUGAUAGUAACUACUCAGAACCGCAGUUGGGGAAGAGUUUUGUUGUGCUCAGAUGGGCUUCCCGUAAGGAUUUGCACAGCCACUGUAAGAACAGGAUGCUGGACUUGAUAGGCCAUUGAUCUGGUCCAGCAGAGCUCCAAAUCUGAUGAGCUUUUCCUAAGCGUUCUCUGAGAAAUCUUGUAAAUACCGUGGCCAUUUGAGACAAGGGGAACUUAGCCACCACUGCUUUCAGCCUCCACUGUUCUUGCAUGCUUCACCACCCUCGGCAAAGGAAGUUGUGCUAUGGGAAGGUGCGCCCAUCUGCCUGUUUGGUUGUAUCAUAUGCUUGUGGUUUACCAGUUGCAGCACUGAGACUCCCUGCAUCUGUUUGUUUGUGGCUUUUGCCAUUGACUGACAUAACCCCCAGAAGGCAUUGUGGUAAAGAUGGGAGUGGCCUGCGAUGCUAGACACCAGACUUGCCCUCUGACUCAUUUACCACAAUAUUGUGCUAACAAGUGCAUUUUUCUAUAUAAGAUGAUGUUGUGGGUUUAGUUAUGGUAGUGUUUGUCUGAUUAUGACAAUACCUAUGUAUGUUUGUUGUAAAAUUGUUCUUAACAGGGGGAAUAGGCCCAGAAGGGAAGCCAUUUUGCAGCAAGACUGUUGUUUUUUACAGGGAAGUUAUCCCAAAUCCCUGAUACACAUCAUGGUGGUGCAAGCAAGUUACUCCUUUGGAAAUGCAAAAGAACUUUGCUUCCAGCUAUAAUCUAUAAUGAGACUUGGGUAUGCUUCAAAAGUGACAAAACUCUUACACAGAAAAUGCUUCCAUACAGGAGACAUUGUGAAACUAUCCCCAGAAUGCGUACACUGCAUAUGCAUCAUACUGAAGAGCUGCAUACGUGCAUAUUCACAUGUGAUGGUCUACCCCAUUGGUAGGCAAACUAAGGCCCGGAGGCCACAUCCGGCCCAAUCACCUUCUCAAUCCGGCCUGCGGACGGUCCGGGAAUCAGCGUGUUUUUACAUGAGUAGAAUGUGUGCUUUUAUUUAAAAUGCAUCUCUGGGUUAUUUGUGGGGCAUAGGAAUUCGUUCAUCCCCCCCCCAAAAAAAAUAUAGUCCAUCCCCCCCACAAGGUCUAAAGGACAGUGGACCAGUCCCCUACUGAAAAUGUUUGCUGACCCCUGGUCUACCCAUAGAUUGCAUUGCCUUCUGUUUUGCCCACAAGACAGCUUUCCAUGUUGUCACAUUUGAAGCUGGCUUGUUUUGACCCGCUGUGAUUGUUCCAACCUCUACCAGUCACGUUUGGGAGUGAAAAUAAACACAGUGUUAGUAAGUAUGCCUACAGUUUCCAGAGAAGCUGGGAUUAGCUAGAGUUACUUCCCUUAACAUAUUGCCUGCCCUGAUGGGCAUUGGACUCCUGCACUUCCUAUACAGUGAAUGUUGCUGUUUGUGAAAUAUUUAUUUAUUUUUAAAAUGUCUCUGGAAUAGUACUCUCUGGGCAAGGCCACACGAUGCAAUUCAAUAUGAAAACCUGCAUAAAUAAUAAAAUCACAAAAGCAACUAUUAAGUCAAGAUUAUAGGGUGGAGAAAGAAGUGAACCCAAGAGUUCUCUAGAUUAAAAAUUCCUUCAAGCUUAUCUGAAGGGAAAAUUGUAUUGUCUUGACAUGUUUUCUGAAAACCAGUAAGAAGGAUGACAGAUAAACCUCUUGGGGCAGGGAGUUCUACACUUGGGUACCACCAGAGAAGAUCUAGAUCAGGGGUGGGAAACCUUUUGGCCUCCAGGUAUUGCUGAACUACAGUUCUCAGCAGCCCUAGCAAGCACAGCCAGUGGUCAGGGAUGAUAGGAGUUGUGGUCCAGCAACAUUUGGAUGGCCACAAAUUCCGCAUUACUGAUCUAGAUGUUGCAGGUGGCUAGAGCUACCUCAGGUGGCUGGGGGCAUUCACAACUGAUUCUCCUUGGAUGAUCUAUAUGUGCAAGGUGGUAGGAAGCAUUCCUUCAGAUAAGAACAUCUGGUUCAUGCAACAACCGGGACUUGUUUCAACCUGCUGAAGGAUGAGGGUGAGUCAUCUCUGAUAUUUUGAUAAGGCAGACAACCUGACAGAGUGAUCCAGAAAUGGGCUGUGCAAAGGUACAGAUGCUGUUGUUUAGAAAUAAGUUUCCUUGCGUUUUGUGAGUGCUUUGCUUAUCCAGAGUUUACUUAAAUCCUGGUGUGUUUACAAACCUGUAAGUUUGCCAGAUACUGAGUUGGGCUGCUGUUCUAUCUAGCCCAGUACAGUACUAUCUACUGUGACUGGCAAUGGCUCUCCAAGGGUGAAAUAUUUCCCAGCCUUGGUACCUGAGAUCCUUUCAUCUGGAGAAGCCAUGGAUUGACUUACUGUUUACAAAGCAUGCACUCAGCCACUGAGUUAUGCUUUCUUUUCAGGUGUCCUCCAGAUGACUUGUUUAUUGAGCAUUCAUUCUGAUUUGCUUGCACAAAGCUUAUGCGGAGGUUAGAUCAUACCUUGUUUUUACGGGGCGGUUAUACAACAAGGAACAUUCAUCUUGAUUUGCUUGUGGGUUGUUUACAUGUCUUCCUGUGCUUCAUUCAUCCCUUACGUUUCGGUGCAUUUUCCUGCCAACCAACCACAAAGUCCAUUUUUUUAAUUUCCAAAGUGGAUUUGCUCCGCAAGGGACAGCAGCCUUUUAAUCCACUUUAAUGGCACAAACCCAAAGUUCCGGUAUGCACCUGAAUCCCUUUCACAGAAUAGUAACCAUUUGGAAGCCACGUCAGUUAAUUCAAUUUCUUUUAGUUAAUUGACUUUUCUGUUCUUGGCCCCUUCCAUUUUGAACUGUGGGUUUUGCAGGUCAUUGUGUACCAUGGCCAAUUCCAGCUCUCUCACACCAUUUCCAUGUUUCUGGAAUAUGACUGCCUGUAUACAACAAGGUUAGCCAACAGAGUGCUUUUAAAUGUUUUGGAUUGCAAUUUCCAUCAGCCCCAGCCAGCAUGACCAAUGGCCAGGAGUAAUGAUAGAUGUAAUUUAAAAGCAUCUGGAUGGCAUCAUGUUGGCUAGCCCUGUUGUAUACAAACAGUUCUUUUCCAGAGACAGUGUGGUAGCUUGUAUUGUCCAUGGUACACAAUGACCUCCAAAACACAUGGAGACUAGCUGAAGAGGGGAAAAUGCAGCACAGGACACUCUCAACGUACUUCCAGAAAUAGUGUGUAAAGCCAAAAUUGAGUUCAAUGUCACGUGGGAUUGCUAAAGUACUUUUUCCUGGAUGCCCUCUCCCUUUCUAUGUUUUAUUUUUGCCAAGCACGUAAAGCUGAAUGGACACAUGCUAAAGGCACAUAAGCUGCGAGUUACCAGUACUUUUACGUUACCUUCUGUGUGUACACAACCCUAAUCAGUGUCCCCUCUAGGUAGGCUGAUGUCUUAACUAUAUCUCCAUUAUACACCGCUAGAAUUUUGGUGCUGGCUGCUGCAUUUUGGGGGCACACAACAAAAUGCCUGGCAAAGUUCCAAAUGCAAUAGCCCCUGGUCCUGAAAACUUUUCUUGGCUUUUCAUGAAGUCAGAUCAAGGAGUACUCACGCUGGGUCGAAACAGAGAGCCAAAUACUUCAGUGGAAUUUUUCUUUGAGUUCCCAGCUGAAGUGCUUAUUUUGCAUUAGGAGAUUGUGGGGUGUGUGUAAGCAGCAGGUGUGUGGGUUGGGACUGAGAGCUUUUAUUGGCAUGACAGGACCUCCCAGCUGUGUAUUAUGCAAGUUUGAUUUGUGUUGCUUCCAGAACUUUGAUCUUUUUCUCUAGGAAGGGUUUACUUUUCUAUCACAAUACCUUGUUUGAUCUGUCUCCCACCCCCUUUUCUUCUUCUCUCCAGAAGAAAAAGCAUAAAAAACUAGAGAGGGAGGGGAAAUCACCAUAAAUGAGACACAAAGAGGAUCACCUGGGUAUGAGUAUUGCAUCAGCAAAAAUGGUUCAAAAGAGAGGGUUGGCAUGGGAGAAUCAGAUUCACGCCAUACAUCAGUUAAUGCAGGAUUUGGGGAAAUUGUAUUUCCUCAGACCUUUUUGUCUGCAUUAGCUUGCCUGAUGGAAGUGAGAGAUAAAGGUAACUAAAGAUGAAUGCUUAUCCUUUCAGAGUCCUAGUUUAUUUGGAACAUUUUUGCUCCCCUCUUUAGCCAAAGAGGCUCCCCAAGUGGCUUACAAAAAACUGUGGUAAGACAUUUGCUUGCCUCAGACUUUUAAUCUAAAAGGCAAAACACACAAAGAAAAAGGGAUGGGGAGGGAGGAGGCCUUGGGUACCAGUUCUUAAAGUUAUUGUUCUUAUAACACAGUUAUUUAGUUCUAUUUGUGUAGAUUUUAGCUGUCUAAGAGAGCAACUGCUCUCUGGAAAAAACUCUUUUCCUUCCCCACCACCAAUCAAAUCUGGCAGCUAAGCAGGUAACACAGAGUUCAGCCAAGUUUAGCUAUCGGAACUCAGUGGCAGCUAAAAUCUGCAUUGAGGGCAGGACUUGAUGGAGUUGCCCUCCCUUGCUCAUGUAAUGGUGAUGAAAGAAGCCAUACUUCAUUGUAUUAUUACCUAGUCCUAGUGGGUGGCAAAUUGAUCUUCUGAACAGGAUUUGUUGCUGGCAUCAAUCUUUGCUUUGGAGAUCUUUAAGCUAUAGCAUCCAUCAUCUUAGGUCAGAAGGUGGUAGAAAUAGCAAGAUUGAAGUGUCCAGGUUGACAUUGAGGGAUAAGGUUGUCCAGGAUUGUAGGGUGAACCAUAAGCAGCACCCUGGAAGUCCUUGUGGCUACAGGCCAGGAUGCUAUUUUUUAACAAGCUAAAGUCAUCAUUACAGUCGUACCUUGGGUUGUCCAACAGAAUCCAUUCCAGAAGUCCAUUCGACUUCUAAAAUGUUCGCAAACCAAAGCACGGCUUCCGAUUGGCUGAUUGGCCCCGGAAAAAUGCCAACAGCCAAAACGAACGUUUGGCUUCCAAAAAACAUUCACAAACCGGAACACUUACUUCCGGGUUUGUGGCGUUUGGGAGCCAAAAUGUCCGUGUUCCAAGGCAUUUGACAACCAAGGUACGACUGUAUUGGCUUUUGUGUAGUCAGUAGUGUAUUUGCAUGAGUCCCAAAGUAGUGCCAAAUUAGCAUUACCAAACCAGGGCAAAGUUUUUACAACAGUGACUUGAUUUUCGAAAGUCACUUUGUAAUGCUUUUACUGUGCCAAAAAUGUGUCAGGAAUUGGGCCUUAGCCGAGAUGGAUCUGAAUAGCCCUAGCUUUGCCCAAACUCUGCUUGUCUUUGUCUGAGGCAUGCAAAAUCAUUGAGAGACUUUGGCAGGCCAGAUGUGAGGCUGGCUUUAGGCAGAGGGCUGGUUCGGAUGUAAUGAUCACAGCUUAAUAAACCAUGAUUUAUUAAGCCAAGAAUGAGUUCUCUGCUUCCUCCUCCUUUAGUUCACAGGCUACACUUAUCCUGUCCUGAUUUGUUUAAGAUUUAAACAUUGAGCCACAGGAUAUGAUCCUAGUUGUUGCGAUUAAACCACAGUUUCCCUGUUCACAUGCAACAGGAAACUGCAGUUUAAACAAAGCAUGAUAAAAAGGUGAAGUCCUCAUGCAGGGUUGGUGGGCUCAGGCAUGAUGCCUGUUCUUGGCUUAACACACCUUGUUUUAUUAAGCCAAAACCUGUCCGUCUGAAUGGGCACAAUGUUAAACAGUACUCUGUGUACUGAUGUUGCUUCUUUUGCAUAUCAUCACCUCCAUGUUGGAGCAUCCCCGGAGCUCCGGAGCCCCUUGUCUCCCAUCACAUAAAUUUCCUUUGUGGCACCUACAUGCAGCUCCCCACAGACAGUGGGGUAAGCAUGCAGCAAUUGCCCUAGGAAAGGGGCAGGGCCUUAUUUGUGGGCAAGGGGAGAGCUCUGAUCAAUGCUGCUGCUGUUUCAGGAACGUUCCAACUCCUACCACGGGAACAGAGCAGCCAUUGUCUGCACUGUGCCAGGCUUUGAAUUGCUCCAGACGCUGUGUCUCCAGCCUUCUGUUUUCCAAGACUGGCAAGCCAGGACCCAUAUCGGGGGUGGGGGUGGGGAGUGGCCUGUUAGUGUCAGUGGGACUGGAAAAGUGUGGCAAUUCAGUGCGUUCUAUCCUGCAGUGGUGUAAAGUUGGCCUUGUAAGAUCUCUCUCAGAAAGAGAAGUUGAUCCCCUUUAUUAAGAGUCUCGAUUAGGUGUUGGCUCCAAGGGUGCAGGGCUGGGAGAUAUUCUACAUCAGGGGUGGGAAACCCUUCUCAGCCUCUUAUGCACAAAGCAUCAGUGGGAGAUCCCAGAAGCAAACAUUGGCAGAGCAGAUCAUGUACAUCUUACCUUUAUUUGGCUAGACUAGUUUCUACAGGCAUUCUACAUGCCCCAUCUCUAUCCUCCACCCUGACAAGCGAGAGGAUUUAUCAGAGUUCAGGGACACAUUCCAGCCAGGCAGAAACCCUCAGGGUGUGAAGUAGGCCCAGUGAGGGGGGUGGGCUGAGGGGAGGGAAAGCCAGAUAGAGAGACCUAGAAGGCAGCAUUCAACCCCGAGCCCUGAGGUUCCCCAUCCCUGGCCUAGAUGUCUCAUUCAGAGUGGGCCUCCUCUUAGCUGGAGAGCUGGUGGUCUUGGGAUCUAAACAGCUCCAUGCCUUUGAUUGAGGACAAAGAUGAUGGACAGAUGGCCUUUCAUCUCAUCCAGAAGGCCUGUUCUUAAUUGUGUGAAUUUUGUGCCCUCCAAUUGCUCCUACUUAAGAGGUACAGCAAUUGCUUUCUUGCUGCGUGUUCUGAAUGGGUAGCUAAUGCUGUAAUAUAUCCAUCAGACAUCCGGAUCCAAGGAUCUAACAGUGGCCGCAGUUUAGAUUUGUAAAAAUGUACAUCCUGGGCUCCAUGUUUGGAAAUACUCAAGGAAGCAUGUGGUGCCCCUGUCUUCCUCUAUUACAUUCUGAAGUUUGGGAAAUCAAAAAGUCAUUUUGCGAAAAGGAUCUUUAAAAAACAAAACAAAAACGGAGGAUGUUUUGAGCUGAGCUUCUCUCACUCAAAGUUCCAGUCUGCUAGUCAUGACCUCCAUACCUCUUCCCCUUUGUGCCUGACUCACCCUUCCCCUGUCUCAAGAUGCGGCAGUGAGCUGAAAUGAAACCUAAUUCCUUACCCAAAACCACAAAUCAACUGCUGUCCUAAACACCCACUAGGGAGUAAAUCCCUCUGGACAAAGUGAGGCCUACUUUAGAAUAAAGAUGCAUAGGGUUGUGUUGUCAAUUAUGCAAUGGAGAGUGUGAGAGAGGGAAUAUGAAAUGUUUCCACUUUCAAAAUUUAGGUUUUUAGAAUUUUUCCCCAGGCAGGAUAUAGGCCUAUCUGAUUGCUAGGUUCUGGGACUCAGAUCAGAAGAGGAUACACACUGUUUUGGUCCUGCUGGUCCUCUAACCAAAGUCCACUGAAAGGCACUAUCACUCCUAGGGAUGGAUUCAGUUAAGUUCAUGCACCUGUAGGAGCCAGCACAACAGAGUCCUGUUAGUGCAACGGGACUUCCUCCUUGCACUUCCACCCCACCCGCCAUUGGCUCUGGAGAACCACCAGAACAGCACAAAGCAGGAGGAGAGGGGGAAUCGUUCUGUCAGGCAAGCUGAGAUGCUUGCGCUGAUGGAACAAUUAGAAGAGCACAAUGCUGAAUUCUUCCUGCAGUCUCAAUCAUGCUGCCAUGCCUGGGAAAUGCCAUGCAUUGCUAAUGAGUUGCAGGUGGCUGCAGUGCUUGGAAGUGGGCAUGCAUUGGGGAGGAGGUGCUGGAGAGACUGGAUGUCCCAUUGGUGGGAUAGGGUGCAGUUCCUUGGCAACAUCUUCACCUAGCCUGGUCCUCAUUGAUCCCCUGCAUCUAGGGGAACUUGAACAUACCUUGUCAGGUCUUAACUGACUCUAAAAGCUUCAGGCCACGUGGAAGAUGAUAGAAGAUGAAUACUUCUUUAUGUUAUUUCUCAGCAGUUUAUGCAGCACAUGGGAGAUUGCUGUGUGUUUUGCAUGGGAGGCAAAUGGUGUAGUGGAUCCUGGUAGACUUAUUACCCACUCCCUUGCGCGACAUCUUUAGGAGAAGAAAAGGCUAAGGAGUAAACCCUACACAAAUCCAGAAUGGGGUCCCUAAAGUGGUUGGAUGGCUCCUUGUACACCUCUUUCCGGCAACUCCUGCAGCCAAGCUGGUGCCAAAUGUAUUGCUCUGCUUUUCUUUGGACCGCAUCAGCAAGGCCAAGAGGGGGGUCUUGUCAUCUGGUUAGUCCAGGACCUCCAUACACUCUGCCCAAGGGAGGCCACUUCAGGGCUGCUAAUGCAGCAGGAAGCAGCCGUUACAGUGGUACCUCGGGUUACAUAUGCUUCAGGUUACAGACUCCACUAACCCAGAAAUAGUACUUCAGGUUAAGAACUUUGCUUCAGGAUGAGAACAGAAAUCGGGCUCCGGCAGCGCGGCAGCAGCAGGAGGCCCCAUUAGCUAAAGUGGUCUUCAGGUUAAAAACAGUGUCAGGUUAAGAACGGACCUCCAGAACGAAUUAAGUACUUAACCCGAGGUACCACUGUACAAGUUACUGGUCUCUGCAGCCACAGCAGGCACUGUAAUUCUCCAGUGGUUUAUCUUCACCCCCAGAGGCGCACUCCAUUGUCUCUCGAGACAGAUGGAUGCCAACAAUGCAACAGAUUUGGUGCAAAGAUUCCUGUAAUGUGUGUAGGGUGUGCUCCUCCUCCUUGCUGUGUUCUCCAUAACACUGUGCUCGUUCCUCUUUUUCAGUUGCUGGGGGCUGCCUUCCUGGCCAUUGGUCUGUGGGCCUGGGCAGAAAAGGUAAGUGUGGCUGCUGCCUUGGACCAUAGUAAUGAUGAAUUUUCUGGCUGGUGCUUUUUAAUGUUCUCAGUGGCGUUCGGGAUUAUAGAUGGCUCUAGUGCUCUUAGCCGUGGCGUUAGGUUCCUGAAACGAACAUGCCUGUAAACUAACCCAGGUUCUCCAAGUAAGUAGCUUAUCCCCUCUGUCUAGGUGAAAAGGACAAGUGAUUGACAGGCCUCUGCCUCUGAGCGCUUUGUGGCACAUAGCUGUGCUGCCAGCUCUUGACAAGUGAGCUGAGGUAACCAAUCAUUUUCUUCCAGCAGGCAAGGAUACUCUAGUUCACCAGCGAGCGACGUUCAUUAGAAACACCAAGGAAGGGAUUCAGCAUUGCAACUUCUCUGAUGCUUCUGUCAGCACAAGCAUUUCUGCUUGAUGGGUGAAAUUAUCUCCUCUCUCUUCCAUGCAGUGUUCUGGGGACCCUGACCCUCCAGAGUGGAUCUGGGGGAGGUGAAGGUGGGAUGGGGGGAGAGAAAUCCAAUUGCACUCUUGUAAGCCCUUGCUCUGACUUCUGCUGGCAUGCCAGGCUAGUUGGAUCCAGGCCUCAGAUCCUCUAUUUCAGUUUAUUAAGGACUCAAUGUUGGACUGAAAAUACAGACUUGUGCAAUGAUCUUAAAACACACUUCUGGAUGUAAGUUUCAUAGGAUCAUAGAACUGUAGAGUUGGAAGGUAUUUCUAGGAUCAUCUAGUUCAACUCCCUACAAUGCAGGAAUCUUUCUCCUAACAUGGGGCUUGAAUCCUUUUGAAAUAAGUGUUCCUGUUUUCCAGGUAAGAUGGGUGGUAUUCAGCCACGUUUUACUAAGAGUAGGCCCACUGAAAUUAAUGAACAUGACUAAGUUGUGCCUAUAAAUUUCAGGAGAUUGACGGAGUAAAACUUAGUUGAAUACCAUCCAGUGGGAGGAAUUCACCAUAGAGCUAUGGCAGUCAUUCUGCAGGGUCUCUCAACACCCCCUUGAGCCUUUUUAGGGUGGGGUAGGGGUAAAGCCCCAAAGCACUAGAAGGAGCGCUUGUGCUGGCUUCCACUAGCGAGACUUGUUAGUUGAAUCCUGCCCAGUAUCUUUGUGGUGCCAGCUUAUACAUCAAAUUGAAUUUUCAAGUUUCAAGUCCUUAUCAGGUAUACAGCAGGCCUAUGUGCAAACUGAGGACUUCAAUACCAGGUGACAGGUUGCAUGUUUGAAAUGAGCUGUCUGUCAGAGUUUAUGACCACAGACGCGCCUUUCAUAUGACAUGACAUCACCUCAAAUACGGCGCUUUUCAGUUGAGUCGGCUCAGGCUGCCCACUAUUGAAAAAUCAAGGGAUGUGCUUGCAUGUGUUUACUAGUCCUUUGUGAAGGUGAUCGAUUUAGGGUACACUGCAGUAAUGCCUGCUUCCAUUCUGAACCCUGGUUCCUUGCGUUACAAGCUGUUUUACCCACGUACAGCAGAGCUCCCACUCCGAAACAUCACUUUUAUUGUACUUGGCUCUGCAGGAUAACUCCCCUGGUAUUUACAGCAAAUCCCUUCCUCUCCCUAAAGUCACUGCACAUUAAUACUGAGAGCCUCGUUUUCUUCCCACCUCCACUUCUAACCCCAGUAAAUCAUCCUAAAGAGAAUGCGUGUGUCCUAUCAAUAAAGAAGAAAUAUUGAGUCCUGUGACUUGUGAAUGUCAGGUCCUAAUGCUCAAAGAAGGAUGCUCCUGUUCUUUGCAGUGGUGGGAAAUGGUUGUGGGUAGCAGAUUCUGUAUCUCAGUGGUGGCUGACCUUUUUUUCUUUUUGGUUCAAUGGCCACAUUUACCCUUGGCCAAUCCAGUGGUGGAGGUGACCAGAACAGGGUUGGCCACUCCCUCUCUCACACACACUUUCACAUGCACGCUCACAUGCGGGAGACUGAGAGGCACACAACAUCCCUCCUUAACUGAUCCAGGCAGAGCAGCUGAAGAGGAGGGUUUACUGCCCUCUUCAAUCCCCCCGUUUUUUACUUCUGCUACCCAAAUUGGCCACGUCAGCCCCUUGGACUGGGGGUUAGCUGCUUCUCCUGUAUCCCAAAGAUGUAGGGUGGGGUUAGAGCAAAAGCAUCAAGAGGUUGGAAUCACCCAGCACCCUUUGAGCCUAGUUUAGACAUAAUUAGUAAACCAUGGUUUGUUGUUACAUCUAAGCAGGGACUCAUGUCUCUUGUAUCCAGUGGCUUUUGGAAAGUGCCAGCUCCUCUGAAUCUAAAUAAUGGACAUGUGAAUGUAAGAAUUCUUUUGAUGCAUCAAACCCAAGGGUCCGUCUAGUCCAGUAGCAUCCUAUAUCCUUCCAGCAGUGGCCAGCCAGGUGCUUCUGGGAGCUCCCCAGCCUUCAGCUGUUGUCCUUAGCACCUGCUGUUCAGAGGUAUGCUGCUGCUGUCCAGGGAGGCUCAAUUUGUCUAUAAGAACUAAUAUCCAACACUACGCUUAUCUCCCAUGAAUCUGUCUAAUCGUUUUAAUGCUGUCUCAGCGAGUCGUUGCCACACACCCUAACCCUGUUGCUGUCCCUGGCCUGCAAGGUAGCUUCCAUAUAAGCCACAGGAGAAGCAGUGUUGGUGCAUUACCACUAAUAUUACUAUAAAUUGCAAUAAAACUCCUAUUCCGUGUGUGUCCAUGGUGAUGCGCUCCCUUGGAAACAGACUCCUGUCUUCCCCUGCUCUGCUCUUGGAACAUGGCAAGACAAGAGACGGUCUCCUUUCUGCUACCUGCUCCUCCAUCUUCUCAAAGAGUAUUUAGCUCUUCAGAGCAGGUACCGCACCUGCCUUUCCCAACCUGGUGCCCUCUGCAGCCGUGAUGGCUGGGGGUGCUGUGAUCUGGAGUCUGAAAACAUCCUGAGCUCACUGCAUUGGGGAAGGCUGUGUUACAUGAUUCACAAAAGUGGGCUUAAAUCAGCCACUUCCGCUUUGAAGAAAAAGCAGCCAGUUCCUUCCUGAGAUUAGUCUCUCUCCCCACUCCUACUGUUUGACCCCAAAGGGGCAGUUUACUGCGCACAGCUCGUAUUUUUUUAAAGCCUCGAUAACAUAACAGGUAGUUUGACCUUCACUCUGUUACGGUUAUUACUGCUAGUAGUUAACCAGUGAGUCAUUUGCUGUAAUAACUGUUGUGAUUUACAUGAUCGUAGCAUUAAAAGUGUUACACAUCAGUGCUGUGAACUUGGGAGUCAUCCAUCCCUUCUCCCCCCAGGGCGUGCUUUCCAACCUGUCGUCCAUCACAGACCUGGGUGGCUUUGACCCUGUCUGGCUCUUCCUUGUGGUCGGAGGGGUGAUGUUCGUCCUGGGGUUUGCUGGCUGCAUUGGAGCCUUGAGGGAAAACACUUUCCUGCUCAAAUUUGUAAGUCUUUGGGUCUUCCUGCUUUCCCAUUCUGGGUGGUGGGAGCUGGACACCUCUUGCUCAGAUCUCAGCUUGGCAAAAUGCAGCGCAUCAAUACCUAGGAGUGGGGUCUUUUCUGUCUCAGCCUCUUUGGGCCUUAGGAGCUAAUGCUGGAGCCUGGAGGGAGGCUGAGUGCAGGCAUUGCUGCACAUGGAGGGCCAACUGCAAUCAGGGGUUUCCCUAGAUAGUACAAGGAAGAUCAGGGCAAGCUGGGGAAGGAAUACUAGAUGUACUGCUUGGAAUGGAAGGACUGAGCAGGGAGCCAACAUUUUUUGGGUGGGCUAUGGAGGUUAGAAUGAGAAGUACGGUUGGGAAUGAAACUGGAAUACAUGCAUUCUGUUCCUAGUGCUGCUGCUGCAUUUUAACCUCUGUUACCUUCCUUUGGGGAAAAUAUUGUAAUAACCCCUUGAUUUCCUUCUAUUUCAGAAGUUUCAGAGGAAGUGAGCAGCACUAGUACAGUGGUACCUCGCAAGACGAAUGCCUCGCAAGACAAAAAACUCGCUAGACGAAAGGGUUUUUUGUGUUUUGAGCUGCUUCGCAAGACGAUUUUCCCUAUGGGCUUGCUUUGCAAGACGGAAACGUCUUGCAAGUUUGUUUCCUUUUUCUUAACACCGUUAAUACAGUUGCGACUUGACUUCGAGGAGCAACUCAUAGAACGCGGUGUGGUAGCCUUUUUUGAGGUUUUUAAAGACUUUGGUGAUUUUUGAAGCUUUUCCAAAACUUUCCCGACACCGUGCUUCGCAAGACGAAGAAAAUCGCAAGACGACAAAACUCGCGGAACGAAUUAAUUUCGUCUUGCGAGGCACCACUGUAUUGAGUAUUAGCAUAGCAUUUUUAGGUUUUUGAUAUCUUAAAGGUAAAGGUAAAGGUAAAGGGACCCCUGACCAUUAGGUCCAGUCGUGGCUGACUCUGGGGUUGCAGUGCUCAUCUCACUUUAUUGGCCGAGGGAGCUGGAGUACAGCUUCUGGGUCAUGUAGCCAGCAGGACUAAGCCACUCCUGGCAAACCAGAGCAGCGCAUGGAAACACCGUUUACCUUCCUGCUGGAGCGGUACCUAUUUAUCUACUUGCAUUUUGACAUGCUUUCAAAAAGCUAGGUUGGCAGGAGCAGGGACUGAGCAACGGGAGCUCACCCUGUUGCAGGGAUUUGAACAGCCGACCUGAUCGGCAAGUCCUAGGCUCUGUGGUUUAACCCACAGCGCCACCCAUGUCCCUUUUGAUAUCUUAGUGGGAUUUAAGAGACACUUACUGUCUUUCUUACUCUUCUGUAUUUAUAAUCUGCCUUAACAAACAAGUUCUCGGGGCAUCUUACUUCCCCUGUGAGAUGUGACUAUCUGAUAAAUGUGAGGGCGAUCCUUAUCCUGCAGCCAUGCGCUGCCUGGACAUCCCCAGGAUCCCCCUGCCUUACUCUCUGACCUGUCUCUGCUUUGCCCUUAGUUCUCUGUGUUCCUGGGGCUCAUUUUUUUCCUGGAGCUGACGGCUGGUGUCCUGGCCUUCAUCUUCAAGGACUGGAUCAAAGAUCAGCUCAAUUUCUUCAUCAACAAUAACGUCAAGGCCUACCGCGAUGACAUCGACCUGCAGAACCUCAUAGACUUUGCUCAGGAAUAUGUGAGUUGUACGAUCGCCCUGAGCGAUCUGUUUGUUCUAGGGCUGGUGGAGUGUGAGGCGCCGUGGUGUAGAAAGACCCUGCAUGCGCACAUGAUUGUUUGGGAAGCCAUUCUGGCCACCUGUGGAGAUUGUGCUGCUGGUUGGCAUGUUCUUUCUCCCAAAAGUUGUAUUUUCUGCAGACAGAAAUGAGAUGGAAGAAACAUAGGGAAAAUGAAGGAGAACUGUGAUGUGAUGACAGUGUUAACAUAGAUACCUAUGACAAACGAGUGAGCAACGCAUGGUGUUUCCAGAUUACUAGGUACCCAGUGUAUAAGCAUCCUCUGCACCCCAUGGGAUUAGAGUGGUUAUGCUUACCAAGCACGCACCAGAGCUGACUCUGCCAUCUGGUGGCAGUUGAUGAAGCUGCAGGGUUGCAGAAAUGCUUCCUGCAGCCUGUAUCCUAAAGUGACAGGUACUCUGUGCUGUCUUCCGUGAAAGGCCUCAUACUAUAUAGCCGGGGUUGGAAACGUCCUGCCCGUGGGCCUAGUUAGAUCAGCUGGGUCUCCCAAUUUGGCCUGCUACACUAUUUUGCCCAAGCCAAGCCUAGGUUCCCUACACCUGACCUCGUGUACAGAGCAUGUAAAGAUGCAGCUGGGCCCAAGGAGCUUUGCAAAGCCCUGUGCACAAUGCUCUGUUUGUGCUUAUAAAGUGCAGCACACAGACCUGUGCAAGCCCUGCCGAUCAGCUGAUCGUAAACAUGGGCAAAAGCAGGUCACGUGACACCAUUGGGCUAUCAGGUGAUUGGCAGGUGGACAGUCCUACCCACCUUUCAAAUUUAGGCUUCUGGGAUGCAGAAGAUAAGGAUUCAGCCCAUGGGUCAGAUCCAUUUCCCCACUCCUGCUGUGUAAUAUUUUGCCCGCAACAGGCCCUUCCUUCUGACCACAUCUAUCCAUUUUGUCCAUUUUUGUACCUUACCCAAUCUAGAUGUUGAUGGACUCCCAACUCCCAUCGACCCCAGCCAGCAUGGCAAAGUGGUCAAGAAUAGCUAUAGCUGUAGUCCAAAACAUAUGGAGGGCACCUGUUUGAGGAAGGCAGCAUUGGUGUUUCUGUGUGUAAUUGGUUGCUGGACACUUAACACUGAUUAAAACUGUCUCCCUGUACAGUGGUCUUGCUGUGGGGCUCAUGGCCCUAAUGACUGGAACCUCAACAUUUAUUUCAACUGCACUGACUCCAACCCCAGCAGGGAGCGCUGUGGGGUGCCCUUCUCCUGCUGUGUCAAGGACCCUGCGGUAAGGAGCUAAAAGGAGAGGGGUGGUGAAUAGGCCUUAAACCUCAGGAACAAGGGUGAAUUCUUUGCUGCUCAUUCGCUCCAGACCUAUGGAGGGCACGCUUAAGCUGAGACAUUAAUAGAGCAAUUGCUCAAGUGUAUGAAUCAUUGCCUAAUGGCAGAGAUGAGGAACCUGUGACCUUCGAGAUGUUGUUGGACUCCCAUCAGCCCCCACUUUUGGCCAUGCUGGCUGGGGCUGAUGGAGUCCAGGAACAUUUGCACCUAGUGUACAUAGGAGGCCAGGUUAAAAAUACAAUGAUCCAAGUCUAGACCAAAAUAUUUAUGAUUGGACGGGCACAACUUUCUGUUUCAUCAGCUAAAUUGGGUUGGGUUGGGGGGUAGAUGGCGGAACCAAGGGCUGCAGCUGAGGUAUUUGGGAAGGUGUGUCAUGCAAAGCCAAGUGUUGGAGAGAUUUAGGGGGAAAGUAGUGAGACCUUUCUCAGGGAAGUGGUUAGAGAGCUUUCCAGUAUGGUUUGAUUAGCUUUGGGUCUGUUGUUUCCGCAGGAGGAUGUUCUCAACACGCAGUGUGGCUAUGAUGUCCGCCUUAAACUGGUGAGAGCUGGGUUGGUAUGUCUGGGCCCUGGGUGGGAGGAACUAGGCAGAUGUGCUUCCUAGAAGACACAUCAUGGGACCAGGCACAACUGGCAACAGAACAAGUUAACAUUCUGGGUUAAGGGCAGAAAUAAUAAAGCAAGGGGUGGGCCUGUGCAUGCUCUAAAUGGGGGACUGCAGAAGUGGGACCAAGUGGCUAGGUUGGGGUGGGCUGGGACUAGUGGCCACAGAGCAAAUAUUAUUUUUGCCACUGGGCACAGAGGAUUGUAGCAUUCCGGCUGACGUGGUUCCCUCGUCUCUGGGCAGAAGAUGGUUCAAUGCAUCUCUACUUCCAGAGCUGUUCACCCGCUUGCCUUUGCCUUCUCUGCAGGAGCUGGAGCAGCAGAGCUUCAUCCAUACCAAAGGAUGUGCUGGCCAGUUUGAGAAAUGGCUCCAGGACAAUCUCAUUGUGGUAGCCGGGACUUUUGUGGGCGUUGCACUGCUCCAGGUAUAUAAGCUGCUGCUGCUGUUGUGAAGCUGAGGUGGUGGUUGUUUUUGCAGGAUAAAGUGCCUCUGAACUCGAUAUUGUAAAGCAGUAACCCGCAAAAAAGGCAUCCCAAACCCAAGCCCAUUCAAGCCUUGUUCAGAUACUUAAAUUCACAUGUUCUCUAUUGUGCGAGGAGGCAGGGCAGGCAGGCAUGCGCUUGUUAGCUCUGCCCCUCUGUCGCAUCCCCAUUGCCUGCCCCUUCGUCUUCCACACAUUGGAAGGCAGACAUCUGCAGUGGGGAUCCUGCACUCACUCCACCUCGAACUGCCUUUUCUCUCUUCUGUGCCUGCCUCUCAUUCUAUUUGCCAUUGUACUUCAAAGGCAAAACUGCCCAAGACUUCCCCCUCUCCCCUGUGAGUGGCAGUAAUAAUACUGAGUUGAGAGCUGUGAAAAGAUGGAAUCAAUAUCCUUCCUGAUGGUCCCAGCUUUGUAUAGUGCUUGUGUGCAUGUACAUAAGUGCUUCUCAUUCUUUUUAACGUGCAUCAUCCUCAACCUUGUAUUUCAGAUCUUUGGUAUCUGCAUGGCACAGAACCUCGUGAGCGACAUCAAUGCCGUGAAAGCCAACUGGUGACACCAGAGCAAGGCCUGUGCCGCCUUCCCCAGGCCCACAGCGCCCUCCGCAGGACUGAAGCCGCAAUCCUAGCCACAGCCACAGGAUGCCGCUGUGCCAUUAACCAGCUGUUUUUGUGUGGGUAGCCAGCGCUACCGGUAUUAAUGGCUCCCCGGCGCCCUUCCAUAUCGUCCUCUUCCUGGUUGGGGUGCACAUGGCAUAUGAGCUGUGGGUGGCCAAUGUAAAUAGUAUUUAUUAUAGGACAUUCUGGACAGGACUCCUUCCACCGCUACCCUCACUGCAAUAUUUGUGGAGCCAGGCAGCCUGUUGCACCUGCAGGCCAGAGACUCUGAAGGCCAAAUGAUACAGGGAGCUCUGGGGCUGAUUGGUGCCACAGGAACCCCAGGCGGAUAAGGCACAGCCCCUGCGGCUUCUUGUUGGGAAGCUGGUUGGAACCACCAUCUUGUUUCUGCUGCCUGGUGCAGCCCUGACAUUUGUAUCCUCCCUUAAGCCUCUACUUCCGGGAGGGGAAGUCUGUGGCUCAUCUGACAUUGUUGGACUCCAGCUCCCAUCAGCCCUAGGGGGUGGGCAAAGGAUGAUGGGAGUUGUAGUCCUGCAAUAGCAGGAGUGCCAUGGGAUCCUCGUCCCUGCUGUACUUGAAUUUUCUGUGCUCUCCUCUCUCUCCAUCUGCUCAGGUUUCCUCUCUGUUGGGGGAUUGGAUUAGGAGGACACGAGGUUAUGUACCCUGCUCUCCCCCCCCCAUGCAAACCAAUAUGACUGUUGGCUUAUGUGGGUCACACUGUUGGUCUCUGCCCUCUCUCUCUCUUAGGAUCAGAAUCCAGCCCAAAGUAUUAAGCAUAGGACAAGACCCGCUGCCGCAUCCCCUUUCCCAUCACAACUCAGCCCUACCUGCUUUGUUUUCCAAAGGGUCUUCAGAGGCCCCGUUUUGACAGCUAUGCACACACAGGCAAAGCUGGACAUGGGUUCAGAUGCUUCACCCAAGAGAGAGAGCCAAUCUGUACAAAAGCUGUGUUGGGUUUAAAGCACUGGAACACGGCUAACACCUGCUCUGGCACAAAGAGUAAGACUCCCUUGUGUAUCAGAGAGAGAGAGAAACUACGUGUUUCUUUAUCUCCAGGCUUAGCUGGAUUCACUCGUGUAAGAAAUAUGCAAACCUUUGUAUGCAAUUCCAUCUCCUUUCACGUAUUUGUCUGUGGGACCCACAGGGAGCACUCCUGGCUAAGCUGAACCAAGUUUUGGCCUUGCCUGCACCUCGUGCUCUGUCCACCCCACAAGCCCUGCAGGACCCCCACCCCCAGUGCUUCUUUGGGGGCCGGCUGGUGGCACUUCUGAGAGGGCACAUGGUCGGGAAGGUGCAUUUUGUUCUGCACUUGGAUUUGUUGUCAUUUUCUUGCUCUCUUUCGGUUGGCAUUCUUCCCUAAUCCCCCUGGACUCUGCUGCUAACAGGACUGAUCCGACCGUCUGGGAUUUUGCUGUACCCAAUAAUAAAGCAACCCCUACCAAAUGAUUGUUACGCUCUUUUUACUCUAACCCCCACCCCCAAAAAACAGGGUGGUCUUUGUGCUUAAGCAGUGAUUUCUCUGCUGUUUUUAGGAGCAUAUAAAGCUGCCUUAUAAUGAACCAGACCUUUGGUCCAUCUAGCUCAGUAUAGUCUACAUCAGUUUCCCAAACUCGGGUCUCUGGCUGUUUUUGGACUACAGUUCCCAUCAUCCCUGACCACUGAGUCCUGCUAGCUAGGGAUGAUGGGAGUUGUAGUUCCAAAACAGCCUAAGGCCCAAGUUUGGAAAACUCUGGCCUACAUUGACUGGCAGUGGAUCCCCAGGGUUUCAGGCAGGAUCCACUCCCAGCCCUAUCUGGAGAUGCCGGGGAUCGAACCUGCAAAAACAGGUGCCCUGCCACUGAGUUGUGGCCCUUCUCAGUUUGUCGUGCUCUUGGCAAGGUUUCCCUGCUGUGUGAAGUGGGUGGCAGUGUCUCCUUGUCUUCCUCUCUGCAGAAGACCUGGUGCUUUUUCAGUUGCAGUGUCAGCUUCUCUCCACGUGGGGGUGCUCUUGGCUAGCUUUCCACCAACAGUUACAAACACCACAUAGCUCUUGUGCUUAUUGCUUGCGGCAUAGGCAAAUGUAUGCUUUAUGCAAAAGUUGGGGGGGAAGAGGGAGUUGCUGGUGGAAGCCUGAUGCUCAGGCGGUUGCUGCCUGCUAGGGGUUUCCUGGUUACUGUCACCUUUGGCAGUGACAGUGGGACGGAAGGUUAGCAACGCUAAGAGAGAAUUUGCAGAACUCAAUUAAAACAAGGGUGAAGCACUAAAACUGCUAGCACAUUUGCCAAGCUAAACUGGUUUCAAAUUGGAUGGGGGGCCAUGUGUUGAGAUUCCUGCAUUGCAGGGGGUUGGGCUACAUGACCCUCACGGUCCCUUCCGACUCUACAGUUCUGAGAGUCUAUGUAUGCAUGAUUAUGUACUUCUCAGUAGCAUUUCCCCCCCCCCCCGACCACGCACCCAGCCCUCUGAAAAAAGGGAAAAAGCUAUUAUGAAGCUGUCAGCGUUUAUGAAAAGGAAAACUAACUACUGCAUAUGCAAAAGCUACAACCUAUCCAUCUUAAUCUAGGGGGAAAGGAUAACUUGCUAAGCAGAUUUACUUUCAACUCAGAAAGUCUACGGCAUGCUUGACUGUUUCAACACUUCUAAGGCAUAGUAAUACAAAUAUGCUUCUAGUCAAACUACAGGCUGCCAUGUCAGAUCACAUCCGACUGCUCUUUCUACUUAGGAUUUCUCACUCCAUUCAUCUGCAUCUUGCUGCUUUUUCCAGUUUAUUCUUUCUGCACUUGGUUAUUUAUGCUCUUUUCAGGUGAACUCUUACUCAUUCCCUUAUCUCCUUCAGCCCUGCUGCCAGUUGUACUCGGUUUUGCAAUGCGGGAUUGUCAUCUGCAGUUAUUUGGUGGCCCAAAUAGGCAGGGGAUUAAAAUAAAUUAAUAAACCCACUUGUGCUGAUGAACUGUUUUGGGGGUGCAUCUUUGUUUGGUACAAACUCUUCCUUCUCAGUAAUGUUUUUCUACAUGCCUAGCUUUAUCAACCACCCACCCAUUUUUUUAAAGCCUUCUGUAGUAGCUCACAUUGUGCAGCACUCACUUUAUACUGUGGCAUCUGCAGUUGUUCUUUAUAUCUGAAAAGUUUUAAACUGUAGAUUGGUUUGGUUGUCCUCUGUCCUAUCUGCUGCUGCCCUAUCUCAUUCUGCUUAAAGGAGAACAGUGUGCAGUGACAACUUGUAUAUUUGUCCAUAGACAUGAGAUAAGCUAAUUCUCUCUCUCUC